UGAUUCGUCGUCAACGACAAAUACGGUCGCAUCGUCACGGUUUACUAAAUCAAACACUUGAUAAUUUUUAUAAUAUUUUACGUCGUACUAAGGCGGAUCAAACUGUUAAAUCUGCAACAA